AUGGUCAGGUUCAAGAACCGCUACCUCCUGGCCGAGUUCUUGGACGCAGGGUCCAUUUCGCCCUUCCCGGAACCGCUGGCUGAGCCGAUCGAGCUCGACUCUGGCUUUGACGCCAACGACGACGACGAUGAGGCCCUCGCCCGUAUCCCGGAGCUGCCGUUCGCGCACCUCUCCCCACCGACGUUGCCGGAUGAGGGAGCAGGACUCUACAAGGCUGUCAGACAGGUUGUUCAGCAGGUGUUCGGAGACGAGGGGUGGGGCCUCGUGUACCACUCCCCGAUCACGACACUCACGAUCAUCCGCAUCGCGCGGCCGCACUACCGCAUGAUCUGGGCCGCGCUUACUCUCAUCACGGAGAUUGGCGGACGGCGCGUGCUUCCCCGAGUUGUGGCUGUCAGCGGCACGAUCAAGAAGCUCCAGUCUGCUGCCAUCGUGCACCACCGACGAGUCACCGCUGGUGCCGUCGCCAUGCUCCUGCAGAAGGGCGAUGAAGCGGAGAAGGCACGUGUACAGAGCAAAAGCGAGGCUGAGCGGGCAGCUCUCGGACAGCUCGAGGAUUAA